AAAACCUUUUCUCUACGUGGCUCAAAAAAGGGAAAAUGGAGACCCUCUUUUCGCUUCCAUUUGCUGUUUUAGAAUGUCCGUACCUUCGUUUGAAAAAGCCAUCAUGGUUAAAAUCACCUGGUGCAAUGACAGUUUAUGCAAUUGUAUUAGGUUCUUACUUUCUCGUUACCGGAGGCCUUAUCUAUGAUGUAAUUGUUGAACCUCCAAGUGUGGGAUCAACCACAGAUGAAAAUGGACAUCAAAAGCCAGUUGCAUUUAUGCCAUACAGAGUUAAUGGUCAAUAUAUUAUGGAAGGUCUUGCUUCUAGUUUCCUUUUUACAAUUGGUGGUUUGGGCUUUGUUAUUCUCGACAAGUCCAACACCCCAAACACUCCAAAACUAAACCGAUUCCUGCUGGUUUUUGUUGGAUUCGCUUGCAUCUUAAUUCCGUUCUUUAUGAUGAGGGUGUUUAUGAGAAUGAAAUUGCCUGGUUACCUUUCAUCAUAAACCAAAGCUGAAUUUGCUUCCAAGUUUCACGUUUUUUUUUUUUUGCCAGCCAUCAGAACACAAUGUAGAGGGAAGAAUUCAAGUCUGGACACUGGAAAACAUCAUCUUAUUUUACCUACUUUUAUUUCUUCAUCAUUAUUAAAUAUCUUAUCCUUUCCAAUCUUGGCAAAUUCCAAAGAAUAAAAUAUCAUUAUGGGAUGGAAUAAUAUAACUUUUUUUUUCUCAAUUGAAUUUAGAUUUUCAUUGUUUGCUAUUGUAAUAUAUGCAUUGGCAAUGACUAAUGGUUUGCACAUUGGCAUUUCAAAAAGCAGUAGCUAAUAAAAUUGAAUAUUUACUACUUAA